UUCACUAGGCAGGAGGGGGAGGGCAGGGUACAGGCCUAACUAACCCCCCCCCCAAUCUUAUAAACACCCCUGGCACUGCCACCCCAACUUUGGAUAUGGAUUGUCUGACUUCCACGUUGGCACUUUGACCGUUUAUUGAAGAAGAAGCCGGAGUGGGGUUGGGGGGGGCGACUGUUUUGGAGUAGGGUGUGUUUUAUUUAUUUAUUUUUGGUGAAGGAGGGGAGGUCGGCUGGUUGCUGGUGUCCAGGCGGAGGGAGUUGGGGAAUGUUGCUGGUUCCCAGGGCUCUGGCAUUGCCUGAUAUGCUGCAGACUAUUUAUGAGACAGAGCCCUGUGUGUCCUCUGCAGAUGGGGUGAAGGGGCGAGAGCCAGCGCUGGAGCUUCUGAGUCGGGCACAGGGACACACGCUGCCUGCUGCAGCAGUGGAGGUUAGUCCCAUCCUUUCUGCAGCGGUGCCCUCUCCCAAUACUCUCUCUCCAAAUCCCGGGGAGUUGAGGACAGAGCCUAGGGCGGGCGGCGGUCCUGGAGUGCCCCUGGAUCCUGCGACUCGAGAGCAGCAGCUUCAGCAGCAGCUUCUUCUCCUCAAACAACAGCAACAGCUCCAGAAGCAGCUUUUAUUUGCGGAGUUCCAGAAGCAGCACGAGAAUCUGACCAGGCAACAUGAGGUCCAAAUCCAGAAGCACCUCAAGGUGGGGUCCAAACCCUGCACCACUACUUACUGCAUAUCGCAACAGCAGGAAAUACUGGCAGCCAAGAGGCAGCAAGAAUUGGAGCAGCAGAGAAAACGUGAGCGUCAGAGACAGGAGGAAGCCGAGAAGCAGAGAUUGGAACAACAGCUUCUGAUACUGAGGAACAAAGAAAAAAGCAAAGAAAGUGCUAUCGCCAGCACAGAGGUGAAGUUAAAGCUACAGGAAUUUUUGCUAAGUAAAUCCAAGGAGGUGCCAGGGAGUGUGAACCAUUCCAUCCUGCAGCAUCCAAAGUGCUGGGGCACCCACCAUACCUCACUGGACCACAGUUCUCCUCCUCAGGCUGGUUCACCAGCAACCCCUCCAUCCUAUAAGUUGCCUCUUCUGGGAACCUGUGACGGGAGAGAUGAUUUCCCACUCCGCAAGACUGCCUCUGAACCCAACCUAAAGGUUCGCUCUCGGUUAAAGCAAAAGGUGGCAGAACGGCGUAGUAGUCCUUUGCUUCGUAGAAAAGAUGGGACCGUUAUCAGUGCAUUCAAAAAAAGAGCUAUCGAGAUCCAAGUAUCCUCGGUAUGUAACAGCGCCCCAGGAUCCGGACCUUCCUCCCCAAACAGCUCGAAUAGUGCCAUCUGUGAGAACGGACUGACUGGGAGUGUGCCUAAUAUUCCCAGCGAGAUGCUUCCGCAACAAAGAGUUCUCACCUUGGAAGGUGCAGGUGGUCUUCUAGGCCUCUACACAUCCCCCUCACUGCCCAAUAUCUGCCUGCAAGGGAGUGCCAGCAACCUCAGUGGCCAGUUCAGUCCCCAGGAGGGAGCCGAGCGUCAGAACCUGCGUCCCAGUGGCCCCUUCCUCAGUACGACAACCUUACCCAGCUUGGACGGAGGGGAGUUAGGUACCUUGGGAGCCCCUACUCUCCUUCAGCAUGUCCUGUUAUUAGAACAAGCCAGACAGCAGAGUGCACUUAUUACAGUUCCCCUACAUGGUCAGUCCCCCCUGGUGGGAGGGGAGCGCGUUUCCGGUUCCCUGCGGUCUGUCACGAAGGGUCACCGGCAUCGUCCACUGAGCCGCACACAGUCUUCUCCACUCCCUCAAAGCCCCCAAGCCCUCCAGCAACUGGUUCUUCAACACCAGCAUUAUCUGGACCAGCAGCAGCUUAGCAAGGUUGGAGAGGGUAUACGACAGCCUCCUAUACACCCUGAGGAGACAGAAGAGGAGCUGACAGAACAAGAUGGAGGAGAGCGGUGCCGUGCCAUCUUUACCCUUGAUGGAGGAACGGAGAGUGAGGAAACCCAAGAGGAGGACGAUGGAGCAGAGGAGGAAGAGGAAGAAGAGGAACAGACCAAUGGUGCUGAAAAUGCACUAAAAAAGCUGUUCCCGGACACCCUGCCUUUGUAUCAAGGCUCCCUCCCUCAUACGGCUCUGAGUCGAACCCAGUCCUCCCCAGCAGCUCCUCUCAGCGCCUGCACUUCGGAGCCACGCCGCAGAAUGCUCUCCACCACUGGCCUAGUCUAUGAUACCCUGAUGCUGAAGCACCAAUGCGCAUGUGGAGAUACCAACAACCACCCGGAGCAUGCUGGUAGAAUACAGAGUAUCUGGUCCCGCCUGCAGGAGACCGGUCUUCUAAACAGGUGUCAGCGUGUACGGGGCAGGAAGGCAACGUUGGACGAGAUUCAGACGGUACAUGCAGAACAUCACACCCUGCUCUACGGGACCAGCCCACAGAGUCGCCACAAGCUGGAGAGCAAGAACCUGCUGGGACCCCUCUCUCAGAAGCUGUAUGCAGUUCUGCCUUGUGGUGGGAUUGGGGUGGACAGUGACACCGUAUGGAAUGAAGUGCACUCCCCUCCUGCGGUGCGGACGGCUGUGGGCUCGCUUAUUGAGCUAACAUUCAAAGUGGCGUCUGGAGAGCUGAAGAAUGGUUUUGCAGUUAUCCGUCCCCCCGGGCACCAUGCUGAAGAAUCCGUUGCCAUGGGUUUCUGUUUUUUUAACUCUGUAGCAAUUGCGGCCAAACUUCUACGACAGAAGAUGAAUGUGGGUCGGAUCCUGAUAGUGGACUGGGAUAUCCACCAUGGAAAUGGCACACAACAGGCUUUCUAUAAUGACCCCAAUGUUCUUUACAUGUCUCUACAUCGUUACGACGACGGCAACUUUUUUCCGGGUAGUGGCUCUCCGGAAGAGGUGGGCGCUGGCUGUGGAGUGGGCUUUAAUGUGAACAUUGCAUGGACAGGUGGUGUGGAGCCCCCGGUUGGGGAUACUGAAUACCUUGCUGCUUUCAGGAUGGUGGUGAUGCCCAUAGCCAAGGAAUUUGCCCCCGACCUUGUCCUGGUUUCAGCUGGAUUUGACGCAGUUGAGGGCCACCAAAGUCCGUUGGGGGGUUAUUCAGUCACCGCUAAGUGUUUUGGUCACCUUACCAAGGAGUUGAUGACUCUUGCCGGAGGACGCGUGGUCCUGGCACUUGAAGGAGGCCACGACCUGACUGCAAUCUGUGAUGCCUCCGAGGCUUGCGUCUCUGCGUUAUUGGGCAUGGAGCCUGCACCCCUCGAUAGCAGCGCCCUGCAACAAAGGCCAAGCGAAAACGCACUGACCACCCUAGAGAGAGUGAUCGCCAUCCAGAGCAAACACUGGAGCUCACUGAAGAGCACAGCCCUGGGUCGUUCCAUCUUGGAAUUACAGCAGGGGGAGGUAGAGGAGGCAGAAACAGUCAGUGCACUGGCGUCGUUAUCUGUGGAUGCGAAACAAGGCAGUGCAGACCCCAGUCCCCUGGAAGAGCCCAUGGAGGAUGAACCAGUUCAGUGAGAUAACGUGGAUCCAGCGCCACAGUCUUUUUCUUUUUUAUUAUUAUUUUAUUAGUUUUUGUUAUGGUGAUCUGAUUAUUUUUUCUAUUAAAACCAAGAAACAGAAAAAAAAAAAUACAGAAAUGAGUAAAUGGGUUCUACGUCCCAAAACAGUCAUCUACCCCCCCCCCCGACCUGUGACCUCGCUCUUGAACCUUGUCCCAUUUCGGCUGCUGUGCUGUACCUGGUCUCACCUUCCGUAGGUAGAGGAACACUAAGAUGUGCUACCGAUCUCUCACGAGACAUGCCUCCCGAACACUAACCUAGAAAUAUAUAUGUCUUUAUACAUACAUACACACAUACGCGCGCACGCCUUAUACUUAUGUAGCACGUCUUAAAUGACCCGGGACAAAGAAAUAAUGUAUAGGAUUUUAUAAAACACUAUACUCUACACUUAUCAAAGGCCAAAUGUCCCUGCUGUAUAUAAGAAAGUAGAUUUUUUGGGGAGGAAUUAGCAUUUCAGUUUGUUGCUUACGCAUAUAUAGUUAUACAUUUAUAACUAUUAACCAGAUCAGCCCACUUUUUACGU